GGGUGUUUUCACAAAAAUAGGGCAACUCUAUUUCCGCAGCACAUUUCACUUGAAAUAAUUAAUAAUUACUUACUACCAAAUUUGUUAAAUAACAGUUCACAAUGUGUUUUAUUUAUCUCUCAAAUUAUGUUACAAGUGAUAUUAUAUUAUAUUUCUAAAAUCGGUUUUAUGGACCCCAAAUGUCAGUCCCUAGGCAUGUCCAACCUACGAAAUUUUGUGCUUAGGUAUCCAUAUUUAACAAGAUUAUUAAGUUUAUACUUAUUUUAAUUAAUAAUUUUUAAAAUGUUUAAGUACUCGAAGCUAAUUAUGUCAAUAUUUUGUAAUUUAAAUAAACAAUAAUUAUUUUUCCUCAAAUGAGUUUAGUGUCCUCAACUUUAUUCGUCAGGCCCUAGCCACUUACGAAUUUUAAAAUUUCGCGGCAUAAUUUUAAUGAACGUUGAAUAAUACUAGUGAAUUUUAAAGUAUUACAUGAAGUUAUCCGCAGACAACACUCGCUUUGCGGCGGCCAUUUUUUAAAUCAGUGCAAACCCGGCAGUUCGUCGGUCAUCACGUGUUGGAUCCAGUCACUUGGUCAGUCCCUAGCAAUAUGCCGCCUAAAAAGAAACCAAAAUUAUCCAAAGAAGAAAUAGCCAUUAAAAAAUCAGCUGCUGCAAAAGCUCGUUUACAGAAAAUUAAAAGUGAUCCAGUUUUAUUAGCACAGCACAAAGAGAAAGAAAGACUAAAGUAUUUAAAAAAGAAGGAGAAGGGUCAACGAAAGUUUGUCCAGGAUAUGACCUCACGUGAACAUAGGAAAAUAAAAAAGAAGUGGAAGAAGUACUCAUCUGAUUAUAGAAAGAACCUAAAACUUCAAAAAGUUUGUGAUAAUUUUGUUGUUGAAAAUACCCCACCUUCAUCUGACGAUGAAUCUAUCAGAGAACCUGUAGCUCCAGAACUGCUGAUCUACAAUGAAAACGUAAAUGACGACCUUAGACAAGUUGAAGCUAAAAGAAGAAGCCUAAUUCAACGGAAGGAAAGAAAUAAACUUUUGCAGAAAAAAUGUCAAAUAAUUGCCAAUUUAAAAAAGAAGCUUAACACUCAACUGAAGAAAUAUAGUAGACUGAAGAAAAAAAUUAAGAAAUCGAAGAAUUUGCUCACACCUAAAAGUAAAAUUGAACAACUAGCAGAAGAUCCUAAUCAAAGAAGAGAAAUUGUGAAAAAGGCGUUGUUUGGCGAAGUAUUGGAAGCUCAAAUUACGGAAAAUAUUUCAAAAGCUAAAACUCAUCAAGAGAAGUCAAAUUUCAAACAGCUUUUGUCGGGCCCAAAUGUUGAAAAAUAUAAACUUUGGCGAUACAGUUCCAGCUCUUUAACACAUAAAAAGUUUCGACCCCGUAUUCCUAAAAAGAACUUGAAAGAUAAGAGAAACAGAGUUGUCCAGAUGGUUCAGAGAUUUUAUGAAGACGAUAGUAAUAGCCGCGCUGCAGCUGGAAAAAAGGAGUGUAUUACUCGCAAUAGAACUAAAAAACAGAAAAGGUAUUUAUUAGACUCCUUAAAAAAUUUACAUAAAAAGUUUCUUGAUACAAAUGCCCUUAAAAUCGGAUACACAUUGUUUUGUCAGUUACGUCCAUUUUGGGUUGUACCUCCUAAACUAACAGAUCGUGAUACUUGUGCCUGUAUUUUACAUGAAAAUAUCAACCUAAAAUUAUCAGCUUUAAAAAAGGCAAAGAUUCUUGGAUUCGACAACCAUCAAUCAGGUUUACAGAUACUAUGUUGUAAUCGCUACUUAGAAAAAUGUUUAUUGAGACAGUGCAAUGAAUGCUCUACUAAAGUUUUACCAUAUGCUGAAUUCGAUAACAGUCAAGACAUCUUAGUUCAACAGUGGAUACACGGAAAAGAAACGAUUACAGAUUCUAAAACAAAAAAAGAACGUAUUAUUUCAAAGUACAAAAAAGAGACGACGAGUAUGAGGCCGCGAGAUUUGAUAAUACAACUGCAAAAUGAUCUGCAAAAAUUGUUUCAACACGAAGUUAAUAUUGUUCACCAGUAUAAUACUAUCAAAUCUCUCAAGCAAUCAUUAACAGAAAAAGACGUAGUCAUACAUAUGGAUUUUUCAGAAAAUUUCAGUACUAAAUGUAACCAGGAAAUUCAAGCAUAUCAUUUUGGAGGUUCUCGUACGCAAAUCUCUAUGCAUACCGUGGUUGUCUACACAAAAGAUUCAACUACUUCUCAUUGCACUAUUUCUUUAAAUUUAGCUCACAAUGUCGCAGCCAUUUGGGCUCAUCUACAACCAGUGCUCUUAUCUUUGCCGCCAACCAUAGAAAAUAUUCACUUUUUGAGCGAUGGUCCUGUAACACAAUAUAGAAAUAAAGCGAUGUUUUUCAUUCUGGCCUGCAAAAUUCAAGAGUUUUUUCCAAAUAUAAUGGCGUUUUCUUGGAACUACCAUGAAGCAGGUCAUGGUAAAGGAGCACCAGAUGGAGUGGGGGCAACUUGCAAGAGAAUUGCAGACAAAAGUAUUGCACAGAAUGCUGAUAUAACUGAUUUAAACAUGUUUGCUAAUACUUUGCGUGAAAGUUGCUCUGGAAUAAAGAUUUCAGUUAUUGAAGAUACCGAUAUUGAGAAUGUACAAAGCCUGAUCAGGGAGAAUGAAAGUAACUUUAAAUCUUUCAAAGGCACACUACAAGUGCAUCAAGUUACUGGCAAUGUAUAUUUUCCAAAUAAACUGAUUAUGAAAUCACUGAGUUGUUUCUGUAACUCAACUUGUGAUCACUACAAAUUAGGAACACUUCAAUUUACAAACCAAUCAAAACCUUUGAAUGUUGCUGAAUUUUACAACACAGAUUCUGAAGAGAAUAUUCCUUUAGCAAAUCUACGCAAAAACACAAAUAUUGUAGAAGCAGGUAUAAGUGAGGAUUUGGAAGAUAAAUUGAAAGUGACCUAUGGCAGCGGUGAUUACGUUUUAGUAAAAUUUAUGGUAAAAAAAAAAGAGUACCGCUAUGCUGCAAUUUGUUCGUCUUUUGAUGAUGAAGAAGGAGAAUUGUCUGUUACAUUUCUUAAAGUAUGUGACAUAGAAGGAAAACUAUUCAAAAUUGAUGAACAUGAUGUUGCUGAUGUGCCCUACACAGAUGUGAUUGAAAAACUGCCAGUGCCCUGUUUGAAAGUCAAAGGUGAUAGAGUAUUUUAUAACUUUAAAACUACUGUUAAUGUUUUCGAAAAGUGAGACUUAUUUUAUUUAGUUAUUGUUAAGUCUAGUUUAUGUUACUAACAAGAAUACAGUAAAACUGUAAAGUACAAAUUUAAGACUGAAUAUUUUGUAACAUAAAGACUUAUUUGAUUUAUAUAAUACCUAAAUACCUUUAUGUUUGAUGUUUAUUUUAUGACUAAGGAUUGUUUUUUGUUUCUUUACUUUUACAAUGUUAUUUUCUACCUCACCUACACCUUAACAAGUGAUUAUGAUAAGUGAGUAGCAUUCAGUCAAAGGCUGCAUAAGAAUUUGUUUUAAAGAAUCUUCCCUUACCUAAUAUGGCGAAUUACUAAAGGAAAGAAGUAUUAAAUAUUCAUUAUUUUUGUUACUUAUAACUUAUAAGCUCAUAGAACUAAAAUAAUUAAGUGAUUAACGUAUAAGCCCAACGUGUUGAGUGUAAGAAUUUGAUUUAAAGAAAUUCAUAAUUAUAUGACUGAUAAUUAUAAAAAACAAGCAAAGCAAUAUUGUGAUUUUACAAAUAUUCGUAAGAAAUAAAUAUAAUACUACAUACACAACUUAAUUCAUUACAAUAUCACUAUUGUUCAUCAGUCCCUAACUAUACCUAUCAGUCCCUAGAUCAACAAAUAUCAGUCCCUAAUCAAAGCUGUCAGUCCCUAGAUGCCUAAAUUUGCAAAACUCUAAAAAUCUCCUAAAAUAAGACAUAAAGUGGCUGGCCCUUUUAGAUAAGACACAAUUAAUUGAUCGCCUAUCAUGUACACUAACAGGGAAUCCAAUAACAAAUAAAAUUUAAUUAAGACAAAUUACUUCCAAAAAUGGCCUGUUUU